AUGAGUGUGAAUGAGUACUACCUCAAGUUCAUCUCUCUGGCCAAGUAUGCUCCGGAAAUGGUACGUGAUAUGUGGGCCAAAGUUAGGCGGUUUUUGUUGGGACUUUCAGAUGAUUUGUUUGCUGAUGCUAAUAUAGAUGCUCGGAAUAAUGACAUGACCAUCACUAAGAUAGUUGCCUUUGUUCAAGGGAAUGAAGAUAGGAAAUCAAAAUCAGGACCUGCUCCAUAUUCAGCUAGUGCACCAGUUCUGAGGUCAAAGUUUAGCAAGAAAAACCAAAAUUUCAAAGCAGCAGGCUCACAGUCACAGACUAGUGUGGGCUACAGAGGCCUUGAGUACCCUACUUGCAAUACGUGUGGUAAGAAGCAUCCAGGGAUGUGUCAUUUGGGCACAAAUAGUUGCUUUGGGUGCACCCCUCAUAACUCUCAGGCCCAACAAAGGCGCGGUGCAGCAAAGUCUAGUAAUGCAGGCGGUGGUCAAAACUGCUUGUAUGCACUAGCAAGCCGUCAGGAUACAGAGGCUCGUGGAGAUGUUGUCACAGAUCCGGGAUCCACCCUAUCUUAUGUAACCUCAUAUGUUGCUAAGAAAUUUGGGAUAGAACCCGAAAAGUUGUGUGAACCCUUUGAAGUGUGCACUCUAGUUGGAGAAUCAGUUAUAGCAAGAUCAGGAUACCAUCAGUUGAAGGUUAAGGAAGUUGAUAUUCCAAAAAUAACUUUCAGGACUCGAUAUGGGCAUUUCGGAUUUUUGAUAAUGUCAUUGGGUUUAGCGAAUGCACCAUCAGCUUUCAUGGACCUUAUGAAUAUGGUCUUCAAACCUUAUCUUGAUUUGUUCGUUAUCGCGUUUAUUGAUGACAUCUUGAUUUAUUCCCGUCGCAAGACAGACCGUGCAGAACAUCUCAGAAUUGUAUUGCAGACACUGCAGGAUCACAAGUUAUGUGCAAAAUUUUCUAAGUGCGAAUUCUGGUUGAAAUCAGUAGCGAUUUUGGGCCAUGUCAUCUCAGGGGAAGGCGUGCAGGUGGACUUUCAGAAAAUAGAGGCAGUGAAGAAUUGGCCUAGACCCACCUCAGUAUCUGAUAUAAGAAGUUUCUUGGGUCUAGCAGGCUAUUAUAUGCGUUUCAUAGAGGGAUUUUCUUCUAUCUCGUCCCCUUUGACUAGAUUAACUCAGAAGAAAGUCAAGUUUCAAUGGUCGGAUGCGUGCGAGAAAAGUUUUGAGGAGUUAAAGAAGAGGUUGACUUCAACUCCAUUCCUGUCACUACCGGAAGGAACCGAAGGGUUCAUUGUUUAUUGUGAUGCUUCAGGGGAAGCAAAUGUUGUAGCCAAUGCUCUCAGUCGGCGUUCUAUGGGAAGCUUAGCUCAUGUUAAGGCAGACAAGCAAACUAUGAUGAAGGAAGUCCACCGCUUAGCAAGUCUAGGAGUUCGACUUUUGGACUCCAAAGAUGGUGGUGUUGUUCUCCAGAAUAGGGCUGAAUCCUCCUUAGCAGCCGAAAGGCAGACUAUGCGUUCCAGACGUAGAUGGGCUCAGAGAGCAGAUUAUGUCAGAAGCCCACAAUUCCAGGUGAAAGUCGAACACCAGAAACCUGGCGGUUUAACUUAG